GGCGUGUAUUUGGUGGCCGUUGCCAGGCGCUGUAGUUGCCGCCGGAGACCUCAAAAUAUGGCGGGGCGGGUUCUGAACUGUCAGCAGCCUGGAGCCAUCCCUGCAUUGUUCUGUCACUGUUAACGAACACAGCGUGUGGAGUUGUUGGGAGACACAGUAUUAUAGCUGUGAAUGUCGUCUCAUCUGUGUGCUGGAAUAAGAAGAAUAUACUUUUCUUCUGUACAAAUACAUCAUUGUUUUCCAUCUGCCAAAGAAACACAGAUUUGGCAUCAUGGAGCCAUAUGAAGAGUUUUGCAAGAAACAGUUAGCCAUAAUCCAAGGAGAGGAAAUUCUCAGUGAUGCCAUGUCCGUAACCGAACAGAGGGUGUCUGUGAUUAACUUCCAUGGUGUUGCCGUGCUUUCUCCAUUGCUCACUGCUGAAAAGAAGCAAGAGAUGCAGCAAUAUCGACAGAAGGCUAUAGAGCUGAAUGAGAAGAAGCACAACUACAAGAAAUCGUCCUUACUGACCCGUGUCCAGGAGAUACUGGAAUCUGUUCAGGUUAAAAAAGGACCAAGUAGAAAUGUUCUCACAGACAGUGAGGCCAUUGAUCAGAUGUCGAGCAAUAAAAACUUGAAUGGAUUUACGAUCCUUCCGAAUGUCAUUAGCCUGCCAGUGUUUUCUGCCCAACAUGACCCUAUAAAAUUUGAAAAAUCUUUGGAAAAUGUACUACAGAGUUGCAGUUCUGAGUCAAACCUAUCGGACUCAAUACCAGACCUCAACAGUUUGCCUAUGAAACAUUCAGUAGGUCCCACUACAGAGCAAACAAAAUCUUGUGAAAUGUCUUUGAGCCUACCACAGUCAGAAUGUGAUACAGUUUCUUCUAGGGAAGCUCCAGAUACAUACAAAAUGAGCCUUCAGAACCUUCUCAAGAAAUCCAGAGAUUACAUUGAAAGAGAGCAAAACAGACGUCAUCUGAAGAACCUCUCAAAGGCUAGUGGCAAUGAAAGCAAUUCUGACAAAGAAAAUGACACUAUAAAAAUAAGCAACUCCUUAAAAGAAAAGGCCAAAGUUCUGAGCAGGAGCAGAAGCUGCAGCCCUUUGAUGAUUGAAAAGCCAAUGCUGAAUAAAUCAAAUACCCUUCUGCAAGCUGCCUCUAGCCAAGGUCAUAGCUUCCAUCCCAACUCUCUGUCAACCCACUCUAAUGCAGAUCUUCCUUUGUUAUCUUCUUCAUCUUCUCUUGUAGAAAGUGAAUCGGAUGAGGAACUGAAAUGUUCAUCAUUUGCCGACUGUGAGAGUAACAUUCUAAGAAGUCUAACAGGAUCUUAUGCCAAAUUGCCUAGUCCAGAGCCAAGUUUAAGUCCAAAAAUGCACAGGAGACGGCCAAGACCUUUAUCGACAGGGAAUAUAGUUAUCACCAAUCCAGUCAAUGCAUAUGAUUUAAGCCCCAAGGAAAAUGGUAAAGCAAUGAAAUUUCCUCUGCCCAGGACAGCUGAAAAAACAUCUUUGUCUGAUCCUGUGACAAAGCAUGGGGACUAUAAAUCAGAUAUUUUCUCCAUUAAAAGGCAUUCUUUAAAUACAAACAAUGCUGCUUUUGUUACAAAUAUUACAGGAUCCCCUGAAUGUAUUGCAGCAGAUUUUGGCAUGUCACACAUUGCUAAUGUUGGAGCUGAUAGUCAACAGACCAUGCUCGCAAAAGGACAACAAACAUGCUCAACAUUUAGUAAAGUGCCUGUAUUUGAUCAGCAUAUAAACAUUCCAAAUACAAUAACACAGCAUGGGAUUAAAACAAAUUGCUCGCCAGAGAUGAUAAAGCACUCUUCACCAGUAGGACUCAAUAAAUCUUAUGAUGUGGAAACACCAUCGCCAGUCUUAAUGCAAAGCCAAGUUUCAAGUCAAACCACAGAGACUCCCCUUGGGCCCUGUCUUAGAGAACCAUUUUUAGAGAACCAGUCCGAUGUUCAGAUUAAACGUAGACUUGAACUCGACUUACACACUACACCACCUGCUUCUGGUGAGCAAGAGAAAAGGUUGCUUCAUAAGCCAAGGGACCGGAGUGGGUCUCUGCAGUUGACUUCUACUGACCUCGGAAAAGGCAUUCUAGGAGAUCAUUUUAAAAAGAAGAUGGUUGCUUUUGAAGAAAUGAGGAAGAAACUUGAAGAGCAACAUGCAUACCAGCUGUCAUUGCUGAUUGCUGAACAGGAAAGAGAACAAGAGAAAUUGAAAAGGGAGUUUGAAGAAGAAAAGCAACUGAGGUUAAAGGACACUGAUAGUCCCACUCAGACAUUGGACAAUGACAGUAUGAUCCUUGACAGAAGUAACAGAACUGAAAGCAAUGUCCAAGAAAGAGUGUCAUUUCCAGUGGAUAAUUAUCAUUCAUUUUCCACCUACAACAGUGUUGGAUCAGUUUCUGCUACUUCCUGUCAUAGCUAUGGUUCUACAAACGAGUCUUCAUUGGGUCUGUGGGGACCUGUAAAGAGCAGAGCACCAAACACAUCAGUCUCAAGUUCUCAUGGGAGAGCAAAAACCAGAUGGUCUCAGGUGUACAGUCCUGCAAUGCAGAGGAAAUUUAACAAAGCUACAGCACUGGCAAAAGGAUUCCUUACACGCAGACUUAUGCAGACCGAGAAGCUGAAGAACCUGAAAAAAACUGUGAAAGACACUGCAGAGUUUAUGACAACAUUUCAGUCUGAUUUUCCACUAAGCCGAGGGAUGGUAUCUUCACAAGAUGCUUCCCUGCAGGAAAGAGUCCUAGCCCAACUAAGAGCCACCUUGUAUGAAAUACAUGACAUUUUUUUUGCAAUGGACCCUGCAGAAAGAAUGAAUAUUCUUGCUCAUGACCGAGAGCUGCGCCGUGAGAAGUUGAUCAGAAAUAUGGAAAAAGUGAAGAGCCCUAGAGACCGGGUGACCCUUUCAUCUGCAACUCAGAAGUCCUUGGACAGGAAAAAGCUCACAAGGGUGGUCCACAAUGGCAUGUCUAAUAAAAAACUUCCAUCUAAACCAAGGGCCUCAGAAAACAGAAUCCUUCAGCCAAAUCAAGGCCAAAAUGCACCUGUGCACAGGCUUCUUAGUAGAGAAGGGAGUAUUUACAAGAAAAACCCAAGGAAGGAAGCCAAAUGUUGUGACAACUUAAGAAGACAGCAUUCUUUGGGAUAGAAACUCAUGGCAUCAUUUUCUCCCAUAUACAAUAAAUGAAGCAGCACAUAACUGGUUUGUUUUUGCACCUUCCACAUUAGCCAUUUAAUACCAGAUUACCAGUUCCACAUACAGGACAGUUUUUUUCAUUCAAAAUUAAUCUGAGCACAGACUCUGGUAUCUAGCAACAUGUCAGGUUGCUUCAAGCACUUUUUAAAGCUACCAAUACCUUACAGCUGUGACAACUUCUAGUCUGUUUUACAGCACAAUCUCUGGUCAGAACUGACAAUGUGCAAAAACUGAUUUAUCAAACAUUAAAUAGGGAAAUAAUGGGGGAUACCUGGUGGAUUGCUUGCCAUUUGAUAUUUUGAACAGCUCGUAGAUUCACUUCUUUCGCACAGAAUAUUUAAAGGAGAAGGAAACCUAGUCGGCGCAAAAACCUCCCCCCCUCCC